AUGGCAUCCGGGGGUACGCGUGUGUUUUGCGGCGGGCUGGACGAUCGCAUCCAGCAGCAGGACCUGGAGGCCGAGUUUGGCAAGUACGGCAAAGUAGAGGCAGUUUGGAUUGCCAGGAACCCGCCAGGCUUUGGCUUUGUUACCAUGGUGGACGACAGGGAUGCUGAUGAUGCGGUGGCGGCCCUGGAUGGCAAGAACGGCUGGAAGGUGGAGCGCGCCAGGCCCUCGCGCCGCGAGGGUGGCUUUGGCGGUGGCAGGGGCGGUGGUGGCUGUGGCGGCGGCGGCGGCGGGUACGGGGGCGACCGUUAUGAUGGCGGCGGCGGCGGCGGUGGUGGCUACGGCGACAGGCCUGCCUACGGCCAGAGCAAGUGCUACGCCUGCGGCGAGAUUGGCCACUUUGCGCGCGAGUGCCCCAGCGGCAACCCCAACGGCCCUGGCGGUGGUGGCGGUGGUGGCGGUGGUGGCCGGUACGGCGACCGGGGCGGCGACCGGGGCGGCUACGGUGGCGGGCGGGACCGCGACUACGAUCGCCGCGACGACCGCUCGCGCGACUACGACAGGCGCGACGACAGGCAUGACGAUCGGCGCGAUGACCGCCGCGGUGGCGGCCGCGACCGCGAUUACGACAGGCGGGAUCGCUCCCCUCAGCGCUCCCGCAGCCCUGCCGGUGGUCGUGACCGCCGGGACUCUCCGGCGUAUGAGCCGGCUGCGGACACGGAGGCCAAGUGA